AUGUCCGGUGAGGGAGGCAACGAGAAGCGAGGCCUAGGUGAGUCCUGUUACAAAGGAUCGAUUGCAGCCAUUUGGCCAGUGAGGCUUCCAACUGUGAUGUGUCUUGCUGUGCCGCUUCGCACAAAGUUGGUGGCAUUGGAGCAAGCUGCCAAAGCUGCAGAAGUUUUGGAGGCAGAUGCAUUCGCACUGCUGGCCAGGAAGGCAGAAGCAAUGCCCAAGGAGGUGGCCGGCUUUGACACAACGUGGUUCAAGGGCGUCUCCUACGAGGUGGACGGCCGCGGCCGGUCCGGGCUGCUUGAGGACCUCCGAUACUACUCCUUCAGCAGAAACGGCUCUCACAUUCUGGAGGCCUAUCGCCAAAUCUCCGGCAACUUUUUGGGCCCGCUGACGGUCGCGGAGGGCAGAAAUGCUUUCCACGUUCGAACCUUGUUCCAUUGCUGGGAGCAGAUUACCGCCGCUGAAGCAGCGCGCGGCCAGCGCUACAAGUACUGGAUAUUUGCACGCUUGGAUUGGCUGUGGCUUGCACUGCCACCCGCUUUAUCCACUUUCCAACGAGCUGAUCCAGCUGCUGUUUGGAUUCCGGACGGGCAGGACUGGGAUGGCAUCAACGACCGCUUUGCCGUGGUACCACGGAGGUAUGCAAAGCCAUACUUUGGCAGGUGGCCUUGGCUAGUGAACGGCAGUCUGCUUCCGAUGAUGCUUCGAGCCGCCACGCGAAGUCGCUCCGAAGUCUCCCCUGACCUCUAUCGUGGCCCCGAGUGGUCCCUGCUUGCUGCGCUCCACUGGUAUCGGCUUCCCGUCCGACGCUUUGGGUCCACGGGAGCGGUUCUUUGCCUGGGUGGCCGUCGUGCGAAGUACGGAAGAUGCACGCGGCGAAAGAGGCCCAGCGAUCUGUCCUAUAAGUACAGCGGCGAGGUCAGUGAAUCGUCUGCAAAUGUUCUGCUGUUGCGAGACGGCUGGACCUGGCGCUUUUUGGCCUCGCCACGUCUUGAGCCACCCUGCUUCGACAAGGACGGGGAGGAAAAGUGGUGCUGCAGCACUCAGCAUGGAGUUGCAGGCCAUUGCCAGCCCUCCCUUUUCAGGCAUUCUCUUGCGCAGCCCUGCUAA